UAGUGGAGCAGUGAUUGGAUGGCCACCGAACUGUUUCAAACAUGGCGGAACAACGGGCAGCGGACCCGCACAGUGGAGCACAUUAUCAAAAAGAAAGAAGAAAAUACAGCGCGGAGGAGGAGGCCAAGCUGGAAAGGCAACAUUUCUGGAGAAUAAUAGAUGCUUUUAGGUCUUACAGGUUCCACGUCCAUGAGCAGGUCAAGCGGGCUGAGCGUCAGUUUCGGAGCCUGUCACAAAGGCACCAAAGGGUGCUGCCAGGUGUUUUAUCCAACCUGGCCCGGAUCAGGCAGUGCGCCGAACACAACCAAGAGAUUCUGGACGCCGUCGUUCACAAUAGCCUUCACAUGUUUGAAAACGUGGAGUAUGGGGAGAGGGAGGAUCCGAGGAAGGCACGGCCAUCCACUACAUUUGACAUGGACAAACUGAAGUCCACCAUAAAGCAGUUUGUCAGAGACUGGAGUGAAGCAGGCCAGGCUGAGAGGGACUCUUGCUACAAACCAAUCAUUCAAGAAAUCCAGAGGCUCUUCCCUAGUGACCAAUAUGAUGUGUCUAAGGUGAGCGUGCUGAUUCCUGGUGCUGGGCUUGGUCGACUUGCCUGGGAGAUUGCUCGGCUGGGAUACUCAUGCCAGGGCAACGAAUGGAGCUUCUUUAUGCUUUUCUCCUCAAACUUUGUUCUCAACAGAUGUGAGGAGGAGAACGCUCUGACCCUGUAUCCCUGGAUCCACCAGUUCAGCAACAACAAGAAGUCUUCCGACCAAACACGGCCAAUCAGAUUCCCCGACGUUAACCCCCAGAGUCUGCCGCUAAACACCGACUUCUCCAUGGUAGCGGGGGACUUUGUGGAGGUUUACAGUGAAUUGGAGUGCUGGGACUGUGUGUCAACCUGCUUCUUUAUUGACACCGCUAAUAAUGUCUUGGAAUAUGUGGACACAAUCUGGAAGAUUCUUAAGCCUGGAGGCGUAUGGAUCAAUCUCGGUCCGCUGCUUUAUCACUUUGAAAAUAUAGCCAACGAGCUCUCUAUUGAACUUAGCUAUGAAGACAUCAGGACAGCAAUGAUAAAAUAUGGCUUCAUCUUUGAGGUGGAGAAGGAGUCAAUGCAGACUACCUACACUGAGAACGAGUGCUCUAUGCUGAGAUACGUUUACGACUGCGUCUUCUUUGUUGCCCGGAAACCUACACUGCAUUUUAACGGUCAAGAAGAAGAAGAUUUACUACAAAAUUCUCCACCAGCUGCUAAGUCGUCCAGGCGAGAGGGCAGCAACAGGCAAACGUGACAUAAAAUUCCUACAGAAGCUCAACCACCAAGACAAAAGCAAUGUGGACAUGUUUUCAUUUUCUCCCUAAAUACGCCUUUUUAAAUUGCCUCUCUUUAAAGGUGCUUUCAACAUUAAGGUAUUUUGGUGAAGUUGCACAUCUGAAUACAGCUGAACAUUUGGAUUGUGCUAAGCAGGCAUGGACCAUGAGACCUUAAUAGAAUGAUAGCUUGGGUGAAAGAAACCUUGUUUUUACAAUAAUAGUAAUGACCCAAAACCUCAAAACAAAAAUGCAGCUCACUGUCUGAUUUGUUUUAAAUAGCCAAAUGUGUGUGUCUUAUAAUACGGUAGUUGGAGAAGUCUAGUGGCCUCCUUUCAGCCAGCUGACCUGCAGUGGGAGGGAGAGAGAGAUAAACGGUAAAAUGACGGACAAAUUUAGCAGUUUUUGAAACCAGCUUUUUAAAACCUUGAUACUGGUAACUGGCCAGUGGUAUCAAACUUCGUGGGACUGCAAUAUCAGCUUUAAAAAAAUUGGUCAUCGCUGCAUUUUUGAUCAUGAAGUUAUAAGAUUUAUCAGACGCAAAUAGUAUGUUUGUUUUUAUUGGUUUGUUGUGAACUCCGAUCCAGAAGGUGUUCACUUUGUUUGGCCAUUGGGUCUCACUCUUAACUUAUUUUACUUCACUGCCUUCCCUUGCCACAGUUUGUAAGUAUUCACGUGUGCCUCUGCAACUGAAUUACACAUUUUGUAAUUUAUUUAUUUUUACUUAAAUCAGCUGUAUUUACAUCGGUCACCGUUCAAUGUUUAAGCUGUGUAGCUGUCAUCAUUAUUUUCUUUGAAAUAAAGCCAAAAGUUUAGAGGAAAAAAAAAACUAAAUAUGAAGCAAGAUUUUCUAAUUAUUUUUGCCUUUAUUUCAACUUCGUUAAUGGCACGCGGAGCAGUUUUGUAGUCACCAAAGGAAGAGGAAAGGCGGUGGGCGGGCUUUAACUUGCGGAGCUCUGCCAUGAUUGGUCCUUUUGACAGCGGCUGUUGUAUGUCACUACCGGUCUUCUUUUUUUCUGCACUUGUACUGCACGUAUUUGUGUGAAGCUUUUAAAAGAAAGGAGAUUUUACUUUUGCUACUUGUUAUCGCUGAUUCUCUCACAGACUUUUGAUGGCUAAGAGACGCGCUGAAGAAACUGUGCUACUCGGCUCUCCCAGUAAGAGAAGGUACUUCCCUCCCAUUUACAGUGUUGACAUGCAGCUGGAGGGCAUGGCUUCAGUGGGAGGUGUGAGUUCCCCAGCUCUACUGACCUUACUGGGGAGUCGCUGCAGAAAAAGGCCCCUUUAUUUCGACAACGAUGAAGGAUAUUCUUGUCCAGCGAUUUCACCCUCGGACUCUGGAAAGCAUGCAAAGGAUGUUUUGAAGACUCCAUCUUCUAGAAGUUUCCCGGACGGCCGCAGGUCCUGCGCACUUUCAAGAAAUAAGCGACCGCGAGAGGAGAGCGUCGGUUCAGACACCGUGAAUGCAACACAUAAAACUGCUGAUGAAGAUGACACUUAUAACUCUUUUCAGUACUGGAGGGUCCCCUUACCUGAACUUGACCUUUCACUGCUAGAUGAGUCUAGUGACCAUUACCCAAAAAAAGACAAGUUCAAAGAGAAUGACACAACUGCAGAUGCAAUGGAGACCUGAAGAUGAUGAACACCUGAUGUGUUUUAUUACCUGAGCAAACAAACCCUGUAAAUCCCAUAGACAUGUCACAUAAUAGAGCUAAAGUCGAUGUCUUGCUGUAGGAUUUCGGUGACUUUCAGAUGUUUUGUGAAGGAGCUCUUGGUCAUCCUGAAGCUUUAUGUUCAAUGGGUUUUGUAAGACCCAUUGAACAAAACCCAUUGUUCAAUGGAAAUGUUCUUCAUUUACAUCUCUGUCCUUUUUUCUGCCAAAUUUUAGCAGACUGUGACGCAGUGAGUUUGUCAGAUGUGAAAAGGAGCUGAUUACCUUUCAGUGCUUUGUAUCUACUGUACAUCAACUCACGCAGCAGAAGGAAUGUUUUGUACCAGCUUUGACAACUGAUAGGUUUAAGUAAUUUUCCAGAAUGUACUUGCAGGGUUCUGUGCAGUCUGGAAAAUUACGGCUUUUGUUUUCAGUAUUUUUCAGAUUUAAAUGCAUAUAUCUCCCAAUAGUCUCACUUUUAUUCCUUCUUCCUCUUGUCCUUCCUCUUAGAUAAUAGUGUCUGCAGGUUCUGUUUUCUAAAGACCAGUCACAGCAAAAAUAUCUGCCAUAAUGUCAUUGUGAAGUUUCAUGCUUACGCUUAAUAACUAUCAGAAAAUGGAUGGCAAACUCUGGUAAGACGCACAAUUAAGACAUGAACAAGAACCCUAUGUUUGUAGUCUGCUGCAAGGAAAAUGUGGAUCUGGUCCCCAAAUAAACAUCUCUCAGCAGAUGUCGGUCUGAGUUACUUUGGCUGGAUCAAGGAGCAGAAUCUGUUAUAUUUUAUAAACCAACUGGUCCACAUGGACGUGUUGGUAACAAUGUCUUCAGUAAAAUUUCAUAUGAGAUUUGAACAAUUUUUUAUCUUCUGGAUUUAUUAAGAAAAAAGAAAAAAUGUAUGUAAACAAAUGGGUUUGCUUAUUUAAGGUUUUAAAAAAGUUCUUGUAGGUUGGGAUUAUUGAAGCCUCAUAAAGUGCCUGACUGGCACUAUGCAGCAUACGAUAAGCCUACAUUACCCCUCACCAACUUGUUGCUGCACACUGAUUACCAGUGGGCUGAAACAAACCUACUACUUGCAAAAGAAAGUAGUAGGGUGUUUAGAAAUAU